CAAAGAAGUAACAUGAAAGUUGAAAACCACACAGAAGUAGCACAAUUCUUCCUCUUGGGCCUUUCAGAUGAUCCAGAACUUCAGCCCCUUCUCUUUGAACUGUUCCUGUCCAUGUACCUGGUCACAGUGCUUGGGAACCUGUUCAUCAUCCUGGCUGUCAGCUCUGACGUCCACCUCCACACCCCCAUGUACUUCUUCCUCUCCAACUUGUCCUUUGUGGACAUCUGUUUCACCUCCACCACAGUCCCAAAGAUGCUGGUGAAUAUCCAAGCACAGAACAAAGGUAUUUCCUACAUAGAGUGCUUAACUCAGGUUUAUUUUUUUAAUACUUUCCUGGGAAUGGAUAGUUUUCUUUUGACAGUGAUGGCUUAUGACCGCUUUGUGGCCAUUUGCCACCCAUUGAGAUACACACUCAUCAUGAAUCCUUGGCUCUGUGGACUCCUUGUCCUGAUGUCCUGGAUCAUCAUGUUAUGUGUCUCGCUUAUUCAUACUCUCCUAAUGAUGGGACUCAUCUUCUCUACAAGCACCAAAAUCCCUCAUUUCUUUUGUGAACUGGUUCAGGUUCUCAAGGUGACCAGAUCUGAUACCCUCAUCAAUAAUAUUUUUCUAUAUGGGACAGCUGUCCUGAUAGCUGUGUUUCCUGUCUUUGGGAUAAUCUUUUCUUACUCUCAGAUUGCCUCCUCCUUACUGAGGAUGUCCUCCACUGCAAGCAGGUAUAAAGCAUUUUCCACCUGUGGGUCUCACCUCUGUGUGGUCUUACUUUUCUAUGGAACAGGACUUGGAGUUUACCUGAGUUCUCCUGGGACCCAUUCUUCCCGUGAGAGCUCUGUUGCCUCUGUGAUGUACAUUGUGGUGACCCCCAUGCUGAACCCCUUCAUCUACAGCCUGAGGAACAAGGAUGUGAAGGGGGGCCUGAGGAGACUCCUCAGCAGAGUAGCCCAUGGUUCUUUAGGGACCACUGACCUCAGAACUAAGGGGAUGUACAAACCCUAA